AAUCAUGGCGGCCCCCAUGAAACACAACGCGAGUACACUGUGUAGAACAUAUUUGCUCUAUUUUGCAAAUCAUCAUGUUGAUUUCAGGAUUUCUGAGCUAGUGGCCCUGGCUGAGAUGUUUGGAAUUGACUUGCCAACAGAGAGUUUGAAAGGACAUGAUAAGGAGUGUCCAUUUCUCAACCUCACUUUGACAUCAGAAGUCCAGGCAAAACAAUUAGCAAGUAGAAGUGUACUUAUCAAAUCAGUUAUAGAGUUGUGGGGCCAUGGAAACACUCUUGAAGAUUUGUUUCAAGAUUUGAAAAAAUCCUCAAAUUUAAUGGUGCCAUAUUUUUCUGAAAAUUCUUCUUUGAAAGUUGUUGUUGAUGGCUUCAAUAGGUCACUUCCACAAAAAUACAAAAUACAGAUCAUCGAGAAAUUACUAACAGAUGAUGUUCUACCAUUUAAAGGGAGAAUAGAUCUUAAGAACCCAGAACAAAUCUAUUAUUAUUUAGAAGACUUUGGGAGACAAUCAAAAAAUGCCACAGGAGACCCUCAACAUGUGUACUUUGGUAGGUGGGUUGCAGAUGGAAACAGAAAUGAAAUUCAGAACCAGCUUGUAACCAAAAGAUCUUUUAUUGGAAAUACUAGCAUGGAAGCAAGCCUGUCACUCCUCAUGGCCAACUUGUCAAAAGUCCAGAAAAAUAUGCUUGUGAUAGAUCCAUUUGUUGGAACAGGUAGCAUACUAGUACCAUGUGCAUACCAUAAAGCUUAUGUCAUGGGAACAGAUAUCAAUUACUUACUUCUACAUGCUAAAGCUAAGCCGAGCAGGUCUAACCAGAAGGAGAGAUCCCCCAAUGAGAGUAUCAGGAACAACCUGGCAGAGUAUGGAUUGGAAUCUUAUUACUGUGAUAUAUUAGUUGCUGAUGCUUCAAAACAUGCCAUGUGGAGGCAUUCGGAGAUAUUUGAUGCCAUCAUCACUGAUCCUCCGUAUGGGAUUAGGGAAGGGGCAAAGAAAGUAGGGAGAGAAGACACUCAAGUCUCAGUGACAUCAGACCAAAAGGUGGAUCACAUUCCACAGAAAGUUGACUACGGUUUGGCCAACAUCUUUAAUGACCUUUUGAACUUUGGUUACAAAUUCCUGCAGCUUGGUGGCCGACUAACGUACUGGUUCCCUGUCAAUAGAGUUGAUUACGAAGAGGAAAACAUUCCCCAUCAUCCCUGUAUGAAGCUGAUAUCAAACUGUGAACAGGUGUUGAACAAAAGGAUAUCAAGACGACUGAUCACCAUGGAAAAGUAUCAACCAUAUAGGGAUGACAAGUAUUUAGCCAGUCAAACCAAUGUGGACCACUACCUGAAUGCUUCUUUCAGAGAUAUGUAUUUCAGAGUGGGAGAAAAUCCACAGAAAUCUUCUAAAUCUGACGAGAAUUUACAAACCAAUAAUCAACCACCAUAAAUUCUCACCAAAAUCAUUAAAUGAAUGAAAUUAAAGAAACUGUAGCUUCCUCAAAAGCUUGCAGUAUCGUGAAAUGGUGUCCAAUACAUGUUGGUUGCAUCAGGAAAAUACGGCCUUGCUCACACUGAACACAGAUUCUUAAGGCUACAGCGAAUUAAUUGUUUGUUACAUUCCUUGAAAGAAAACUAUAGUACUUUGAAAAAAUAUCAACUUCAAUAAACUGAGUGGCUUAAAAAGA